AUGCCUAUUGUUUGUGCAGCUAUAAGUGAACCGUUUACUCGAAAUACAUUUACGAUACUUGCAUCCUAUUCGAAUAAACGAGACGGGGAGAAACUUUUAUUUGGCCAAAAUUUCAUUUUGAAGUUAACAGAUUCUACUGAAGAAGAUUUAUACCUCAGAUCAGUAACACCUUUGAUUGACGAUACUCGUGGUCCUGGAGAACAUAAUCGAGUGUUAUUAAGUAACAUUAAAGACUGUUAUUGUCUCUGGAAAGUUCUUUUGUGCAACAAAAGUCAAAGAUUUGAAUCCGAGGGAACUCCUGUUCCAGUUUCUGAUCGAAUUGUUAUUACUCACGUAAUGACUGGAGAGUGUUUAGCAGUUGAAAGAUUAAAUUGUCAAUCGAGCAUUUUUGGCGUUGAAUGUGGAAUAUCCGUUCACACUUAUAGGGAUGUAAAUAAACGAGAAACCCCCGAAUGUCACUGGAUGUUUGUAACAGAAAAAGUACCACGCGGUACUGCCGAGAAAGAAUGUAAAUAA